CACCUCCUGCUGUGGCGCCUCGCCGCUCACCUCCCCACCCCACCUGCCCGCUGUGGCUCUCCGCCGGAGAUCUCACCGUUUAGGAGACAGAGUUCGCUCUCUCACUGGAGACUGGAAGGACAGGCUGUCUGGGCCUUAGGAAAGGUCCAUGCUGUAUAAGGCACGGGGAAAGAAAAGAAAGAAAAGCAAUGCACAAGAAGGAACGCUUCCACCUGCCGCUUCCUGCCGGCUGCCGGCCUCCCUUCCUAAGCUGAGCUAAGGCUUCCUCUCCACCGGCUGGGGUCGGGGCUCCAGGAGGCCUCGGCGGGUCCUCAUUGGCCCGGACGGCGGCUCUCACGAAGGGUCAUGAACCGGCAUCAUGAGCUUCACCUGGGAACUGAUUACAAAUGCAAAUUCCCUCGACCCCACCCAGACCCACGCCACGGGCAGCUGUGGAGUGGAGGGCAGCGAUGCGCGCGUUAACAGCCUUCCAGCCGAGGGUCGGCGCGCAAGGCCUCACGUGGGCGUCCUCCUUGCAGCUGCGCGGCCAUCCCGCUCCUCCGCCCCGAGCCAUGAAUCUCAGCAGCACCAGCAGCACGGAGGAAAAGGCAGUGAAGACCGUGCUCUGGGGCUGCGAGCUCAGUCAGGAGAGGCGGACUUGGACCUUCAGACCCCAGCCGGAGGGGAAGCAGGGCUGCCGGCUGUUGCUUCAUACGAUUUGCUUAGGGGAGAAAACCAAAGAGGAGAUGCAUCGCGUGGAGAUCCUGCCUCCAGGAAACCGAGAGGACAAGAAGACGCAGCCGGUCACCAUUGCCUCGCUCCAGGCCUCAGUCCUCCCCAUGGUCACCAUGGUUGGAGUACAGCUUUCUCCCCCAGUUACUUUCCAACUCCGGGCUGGCUCAGGACCUGUGUUCCUCAGUGGCCAGGAAUGUUAUGAAACCUGGGAGGAGGAGGAGGAAGAAGAAGGGGAAGAGGAAGAAGAGGAAGAGGAGGAGGAAGAUGAUGAGGAUGAGGAUGUGGAUAUAUCUCUGGAGGAGGAAUCCCCUGUCAAACAAGGCAAAAGGCUGGUGCCCCAGAAGCAGACAAGCGUGGCUAAGAAAAAAAAGCUGGAAAAAGAACAAGAGGAAGUAAGACCCAGCAUUAGAGACAAGAGCCCUGAGAAGAAGGCCAAAGCCACACCCAGAUCCAAAAAGCCAGGAUUCAAGAAAUGAGGAGCUACGCUUUGGGGGCCACAAUGCAGAGUGGGCCUUCCCCAGCCUGUGCUACAGGGACAGAGCACCCCUGCCCCACCCCUGCAUUUGUCUGAAUAUGACAGGGGUGUUGUGGGGGCAACACGAGAGCCCUUCACCCCCACUCUCCACUUUCAGGAGGCCUCUAGUGCAGACCCCCACCUCGGGUCACAAUAAAGUUGUCUGGUCAGGACUUCCCUUCUCUUCCCUGUUGCUGGCCUCCUUACCCACUGCACCAGCCCAAGUGCCCAGCAGAGGGCGGCCUUGAACCAGCGCACCCGGGCCCUGAGGUCAUGCCCCCCUCCCUGGACCCAGCCCCCUCAGCCUGAGGCUGCUGUGUCCCUCCUGCUUGGCACCACUGAUUCCCUCCCAGUGGUGAGGGAAGAGCCUAGAG